CGGGGACUCUGUCGGGUGUCCACACAGUCUUCUCGAUUUCGCCACGCGACCGCGCGAACGAUUUCGCCAUGGAGAGCGAUUCGGCUGCGGAGGACUUGGUGGAGACCGUCGCCACGGAGAUCCCGUACAGCGCAACGUGGCCGGAAGAGCUUCAGCGCUACCUCUUGAAGAGGGGAGUUGAGGACUAUGUGAUUCAAGACAGGUUUGGUGCAGAGGUCCUCGGAAGUGUGCAGCCCAAGUCGUUUUACAGGGCGGAGCUCUUUCCUUUGAGAGUGAUCAUCCGUGCGCGCCAGGAGGGCAAAUGCUUGGCAGAAUGCGCCGUGAUCAAGUUUGAGGAGGUGCUGCUGAGACUGCGAUCCUUCGGUGCCACAGGCGCCGGCCUGGAAGAGACUCACCAGGGCGAGGGCUUCGACACUUUCGCAGUGGCCUUUGGUGGGGGCGGUGUUCGCUCAGGCGCCUUUUGCAGCGGUGUGCUGUGGGCGCUCGCAGAGACCAACCGCCUGCAGCACGUGACGCAUCUCUCCUCCGUCUCGGGAGGCUCGAUCGCCGCCUCGGGCUUCGCCUCCUUCUUGGUGGAGGCCCACCGUGCAGCGGGCGCCUCUCCCUCGCGGACGCCCUCUGCGGGGCCACUCUAUCGGGAAGUGGUCGCCGACUUUAUCGAACGCAGCCAGCGAAAUGCCGGCUAUUUGGUGUCCUUCCAGAACCUUUUUCAGGUUCCAGAGGACAACUCCUCUUCGCGUGCCAGGAUCUGGGAUUUGCCGCUGAUGUUCCUGGUGGUCUUGGGUGUCUUGGUGGCGGCGCCUUCGGUCUUUUGCGUCUUCUAUGUGGUCCCCGUGACGAUGCUCAUCGAGGCCUACUGGGGCGGAGCCAUGCGCCAUUGCUUUUGUCGAUUACAGAACGAGACGCAAUGCAACUUCCUCACGGUGCUGCAAGCUCGACCGGAGAACGGCGACCACAGGCAGUGGAGCCAAAACAGCUUCACCCUCCUCAUCAUCGGGGCGCUGGUCUUGGUGUUGAUGGUGCUUGCAUUGAUUUACAAGUGCUGUGGCAUGAAGGAGAUCCGGCACAGUGCCAGGCCCAGGUGGUUUCUCCACUGGAGGUCCUUGACACACUUGUGCACCCGAUGGCUGGCGAUGUUCGUGAUCAUCCUCGCCACGGUCUCGCUGGUCUACACCGCAGAGUUGGUUGACUAUCGGGGGUCCAGAGAAGAAGAGUGCCUCGCCUACUUCAAGGAAGGGCCCUUGUGCUCGGACAACCUCAUGGGAUUUCCAGCACAUCUUCCAGGAAGGCUGGAGGACGUUUCCAUCACCUACCAGGACGCCUCCUUCAGCCUGCACCAGGAGGAACUGGGGCAGUCACAGACGGCGUGGAACAUCUCCCAAAGUAUCAGCCGUGCUGCAGGUUUGCGCCCACUGGACCAGGGCAGAGAAGGGCCGAACUUUAUCGUGAUCUUCCUCUUCUUGACCUUGGCUUUGGCAUUGGUCUCACUGAGCUUCAAGUUUUUGGGAUGGAGUGGCCUUUGGCGUGUCUUUCUCUUCAUCCUGCUGCCCUUGUGGUUCAUUUGGCCAGCCUCUUUCCUGCUGCAGUGGCGUGUCUUCGGGCCUAUCACCAGACAGGCACUUUUCACGCCCUUCUUUGACACGCAGAUCAUGGGGCGCUACACAGACGAAGCCUGGUACUGCUUCACCACAACUUCUCUUUUGUUGGCCAUCGCCUGUUUGCCGGCCUUCAAUCUUCUUCACCGCUUCGUCCACUUCUACUUUCGCGUGUCGCUCCAACGCGCCUUCUACCACGAUGGCGUGGACGUGUUGAUGCCCCAGGUGUCGAAGUGCCCCUGGGUGCCGAUCCUCCUUUUUGGAGCGACGCUCAAUGAGUUCAUGCGGCCCAACAGCAAGGAAGCGCAUUCCUUGUUCACCUUGUCUCAGUAUGCCAUGGGCUGCCAGAGGACUGACUUCCUAGCUGCGCCAAAGUGGAUGUCUCUGGCACGGUGCAUGACCUUGAGCUGUGCAGCCAUAGAUGGCUUUGUGCUCACUCAGAUCAACAAAUGGCACACGCGCGUUUUGAUGGCCAUGCUGAACCUCACGCAGGGCGAUUGGCUUCGCUUCGAUCGACAGCAAAAGUGGCACACACGAAGGUGGCCCGAGCUCCUGAAGCAGCCGCACUUGGCCAGCCUCUUCGACAGGCUCCCCGAGAUGGUCCUCUUCGCCUUCAUUUACCUCUUCUGCCUUUUGGCCAACGACAAGUCCCGUCCAGGACCAGAAGACCUCGAAGCGGGCUGUCAAGCCUUCCGGUUCUUCACCAUGAUGGCGAUUCUGCUGAUCAUCGUCUUCAUUGG